AUGCAAGCCAUUCGCCUCCAUCCCGCUCCGCCCGAAACCACACCCUAUUCACCAUCCAAUCCAGCGCCAUCUACCGCCCUUCAGCUGGACCAUGAUAUCUCCAUUCCAGUGCCCUCCGAACCCGGGGAGCUUCUUAUCCGCGUCAAAGCCACGACCGUCGUUCGUGAUAUGCUCAGCUGGCCCGAAACCUACGCGCACGAGUACGCUAUCCCAGGCAACGACGUCGCCGGCAUUGUGACGGAAGUCUUCUCGUCAGUGAGCAAGUUCAAGCCCGGCGACGAGGUCUUCGGCAUGGCAAACGCAGAUCGCGCGGCCACGUGGGCCGAAUACACCAUCGUCAAAGAGGGUGAAGUAGCCCGGAAAAUGGACACAUUGACGUUUGCACAGGCCGCAGCAUUACCCCUCAGCGCACAAACUGCCUAUGAGGCCCUAUUCGAGCACGCGCGGAUCCCCCGCCCCACGGUGGAGGAGUUUCUUUCCCGGCCCUCGACGAGGAAAGACCACCGCGUGCUGAUUACCGGCGCUGCAGGUGCGGUGGGCGUGUAUCUCGUGCAGCUUGCGGCAGCAUCCGGGGUACAUGUCGUCGCCGCUAGCAGUUCUAAUGCGCGCAAUGGAGAGUUUCUCAGGAGCCUGGGGGCCGACGAGAUCGUGGAGUAUAGUAUGCUGGACAGGCAUAUGGGACAAUUCGAUGUCAUUAUUGAUGUGGUUGGCGGGGAGGUGUUAGCAAACUGUUGGGCUUAUGUUGCGGAGACGGGUGUGCUGAUCUCGGUGGAUUCAGCGAGCUUCAACUUUGUUGAGGAGCAUGAGAAGCGUGGGCUGCGGAAGGUCGGGGUGCAUGCUCUGUUCUUCAUCGUCAAAGGCAGUCCGGAUGCGUUGCGUUAUAUUGCUGAACUGGCGCAUGCCGGGGCCAUCCGCCCUUUCGUGGCGGACGUAUACCCCCUUGCAAGAGCACGAGAGGCGUACGAUCUUGCGAAUGGGAGGUUCUAUGCGCGUGGAAAAGUCAUCAUUGCUGUUUGA